AUGGAGACGUAUCACGGCUACGUACGAACUCCGGCGGAUGCCAUCAAGCUGUUUGAAGCUUGUCGGCUAGGCCUAUUGCCCCGAGUCCAACGCCGACUGUCCGAGAAAGAAAGACAGUCUAUCCGAUCUGGUUCAGUUUUCGUCUGGGAUGAGCGGGAAGCAGGCAUGAGGCGAUGGACUGAUGGAAAGUCAUGGAGUGCCAGCAGAGUAUCAGGCAGCUUCUUGACAUACCGCGAAAUGGAGGGCAAGCGAGGCGGCGGCUUUGGUGGAAGCAGACGAGGGAACGGCAAGACUCCUGAAUCCGGCCGUGGCAGUGACGAGGAUCACGACGAUGGUGAACCAGAGGGGUACCGAUACAAGGCGGAUGGCCUGAUGAAGCAGUCAUUUAGCAUCACGACUUCGACCGGCCAGCAUCUCCAUCUUAUCUCAUACUACUCGCGACCCCAGCCUGGACAGCCCGAGCUCCCCCAACCAACCACCGAUCCCAACUUGCGAGCAAUCGUCCCCGUCAAGGGCAUGUAUCCCGAGUCAAGCAUGGGCGAGACGAACCAGACACCGGCACUGACCAGGGCGCCGAUGCAGCAGCCGCCCUACAUGAUUGCACCUCAGCAUCACCCUCCUCACCCGGCCCAUCAGCCAUAUGCGUCUCAUUAUGCCCAGCCAGGAUAUGCUUGGCCUCCAUCCCCGGUUGCGACACCGCCGUAUGCCCAUUACGCUCCGGCCCCUUAUUCUCAUCCUCCCCCCGGCCACCACCUCCCGGCUCCUUAUCCUCCUCAAGGACCACCACACCAUGCCUAUGCGCCGCCUCCACCUCCGCCCCCAGCGCAGGCACCGCCGCCACAUCACUACUCGCAUGCCCCGGUUCCUUACGAGCGACCGACGCCGCCUCGUAUUCACGACUCUCCUCACCAACAGACCUUGCAGGCUGCUGCGCAAGCUGCCAUUGGAGACUCGCGAAGCAUGCCCGACAAGAAGCCUCAAGGGCCUCUCCCAGCUCUGGGUGCCAUGGCCAGCGGUCCUCUUGCUCCCGCGCACAGUGGACUGCAUACCCCUCCUACACGGCCUUUGAGCUCGAGCCCGCCGCAAAGUUCUCACCUUGAGGUGCACAGUACUAGUGGCAACAAGGCGAGCCUGUCCGUGCUGUUGCAUCCUACGCCGGCUCCAAACUCGGAGCCUGGCGCAAGUGGCAGCGCUCACAGCAGCCCAAGGACAUCAAACAUUGCUCUUGCGGAAAAGGGUGGCGCGAGUGAGGAUACACGUGCCCUGAGGAUGCUUGAUCGCAAGUUCUGUAUCUAG